GAAGUUUUCGUCGACUCUCGACUCGAGCGCAAACAUGUUGGAACCGCAAGCGGGCCUCGCGACAACCCGCGAGCGCAUCGAGUCUUCGUUGGCCCUCGUUUCGGUUCACUUGCAAAGAGAUAAGGAAGCCUCGCAACUACUAGACGCCUUCGGUGGUCAAAACUGUUAUAGCAAUCCCACCAAGUCCGGUUUAUCUGAGACGGAUUAUUUCAAGCUUCCGCUCACGCAGAUCGUGCGCGAGGAAAACCGAACCCCGCUACCACCAGAACUUCUGCAGCAUUUCCAGCGGAUGAAAUGUCAAUCCGAAUCGGGUAUAUUUCCCGAGAUCCAACGGGCAUGGGCCGCCGUCGACUCGGACCUUGUCAUGUGGAACUACCUGAACGGUGGAGAUGUCGUCUACUACGAUGGAAUCGAAAACGUAAUUCUGGCCGUCGAUCUGAUCCGGCCUAAACCGAACAUGUUCGCGAAUCAUGUCCACUACCUUCUCGCUGUGGCGACACCGUCUGAAAUCGUCAUACUGGGUGUCACGCUCGCCGAGAACAUGCUAACGUCCCCAUCUGUGAUCGAAUUGCAUUUUGUCAACGAGCCCCUGUACACAUACGCGCUAGAGAACGUCGUCGUGACCAAGAUCAAGGGUGCGCGGAACGGCCGUAUCUUCCUCGGCUCCCAGGACGGUUCCCUAUAUGAAUUCAGUUACCAUGCAGCUGCAGGAUGGCUGCAGAGUCGCUGCAAGCUCACCAACUGCUCGACACGCUUCCCGAUGCUCACGAGCAUGCUGCCAGCGCUCUUCCGUUCCAUGGAUCCUAUCGCCGAGGUGUGCGUCGACAACGCCCGUCAGAUCAUCUACACACUGUCGGAGAAAGGCAUAAUUUCGGUCUACGAUCUCGGUGUUGACGGCACGGAAACGAGUUUCGUUGUUUCGGCAGGUGAAGAGACCCUCCUGAAGACAGUGUCGGAUUGUGAUCCCGCGCAGAUCCGGAAAAUCAUCCACAUCGAAUCGGUGCCUCUGAACGAUUCGAGUCAUGUGCAUCUCAUCGCGUUCACACAGUCCGGUGCGAGAUUGUUUCUGACGACUUGUGAAGCGGGAGCCUUCAGCAACCGACCAGCUGUGCUGAUGGUGCUUCACGUGCGAUCCCCGUUCGCGUUGCCCCACCGGGUGAAUCAAGUCACCAACGGUCUGAUCCUCCGGAGCACGUCGUUAAUGCUCGACCAGCACAACGAAAAUCGUUUUCAUCUAAUUUCGUUGGAUCAUUUCUCACAUCUUCGACGAGUGAAUCAAUUUGUGGAAACUUAUAGCUUCCUCGUCGUGGAUAAGAAUAUCUGGUCGAUUUCCGUGGCCGAGAGUGCGGCGAAACUGCAACGGCAAGGUGAAGCCGCCACGAAAUUUGUGAUACUCUCGCAUGACGGUUGUCAAAUCUUGUCAAAACUGAGUCCGGUCGAACAGCUCCGUCAUCUGCUGGCCGAGAAUCGACUCAACGUCCAAGCUCAACGGAUCAAGACGUUCUUCGCGUUCUACAACUAUCUCGAAGGAUGUAUCAUGUGUUUGCAGAUCAUGUGUCGGGGCGAUAUCAACGAGCAUCAUGUGAAGCAGGGCGCCUUGGACGCUUUCGAGUUCUACGGCGGAGAACCGAACGUCGAUGCUCCACAACAUCUGCCCCAGACAGGACCUCAAUUCCAUCAACCAUUCCCGCAAACUCAUCCCCAGGAGACGAUGCUCAACGCCACGACCCUCUCCGGGGGAUCGAUACACCCUCAGCAACAGGUGAUGAGCACUCCGUUCCGCGCACCGGCUUUCGGGAGCAACCAGUUCCCAGUGAGCCCCAUAGGCCAGGCUCAGAUGCAUCAGUCGAUGGCUCAGGACGUGAACAUGAACCCUCAACACUCGCCUGCGAACGUGUCGGGAGUGACGACAUUCCAGUCCCUCAGUCAGGUUUUCACGCAUUCUUUUAAACACGAAGCCAUCUUCAUCUACUUCUCCCGGAUAAUCCGGCCCAUUCUCGACAGCCAACUCGCCAAAGAAAGUCCCCCUCACGCGGGAGAGAGUCCAAAACUCUCGCUUGAGCUCUCGGCCCCGACCCUGAAACCGAUAUUGACUUCACUCGAAGGCCUCAAAGAAUUCCUACGGAACAGAGUCACCGUCCCCGAGAGCAUGGCUCUCAGAGCUCAAAUCCUCACCACGCCAGACAUGCACGCCGGAGGUAUGGGAUCUCAAUGGAAAUGGAAAGCCGUGCUCGAAGAACAGAACUCGUUGAGUAACCUCCUGCUGCUGCUGAACCACACCACCGAGGUUCUGAACCUCUGGAGGAUCGUUGCUGAACACGACGUCGAGAUCAUAUCACGGAACAUGAAACCGGAAUUAUUCGCCCGUCUCAAGAGCAUUCAAGUCAAGGACUUCAUCAUCAGCGACAAACAGUUCCUCAGCGCCCUAGCCACCGCGAUUGUCAACUGCUACAUACGUGACGGUACGGCGACGGCCUCAGUCUCCCAGCAACUCAAGAACUUCUGCCCUUCGAUCUACGGCGACGAAGACGCCCUCUACACGAACGCAUUCGAGAAACUGACGAACGCUUGCAGCAUCACCAACGCUGUCGAGCGGGAAACCCUCCUCCGGGAAGCGCUCGACGUUUGUCGAAAGAUCAGCGUCGAAAACCUAAACCUCCAUGCGAUUUGCGGUUUGCUGAAAUCUGCGCAAUACCAUCGAGGUGUUGUCAGCAUCUGUCUCUGGGCAGCCUCGAAAAUCGAUCCUCAAGGAUUCGGUGUGGACUUCGUCAGUAAAAACGAACCGGUGGACGACGAACGGGGGAAACGAUUCUUCGAGGCCCGAAAUCGCUGCUACCAAAUCGUUACAGACGUUCUGAACGAGUUGUAUCACGACGCGAAGCGACAACCGUCGGCGUCGACGAGUAACUACGAAAAACUUCUGAAACUAUGCUGUGACACCAACGAUUCCCUUUUCCAUCUGUACGUUUUCGACUGGCUCGUGGCCAGCGGUCAACGAGAAACACUCCUACUCUUGCGCUCGGCUGAUCUGGAGCAUUAUCUCAGCCGAAGGGCGCAGAAGGACAAAGACUCAAUUAGCACGCUGGAUCUCUGGUGUCGCUACCACAAACUCAACGGGAAGUUUGACAAAGCAAGCGCAUUGCUGCUGAACAUCGCGCGGAGACAGGGAGCGGAUCUCUCGCUCGCGCAACGAAUCGAAUACAUCGCAAGAGCGAUCGUGUGCGCGAAAUCCGGGGGGCCUAGUACAGCUGAGCUGUUCACCCAGCUGGAAGAGUUCCUGGAGCUGGCCCAGAUCCAACACAUGAUCUACGAAAGGGUUCCGGACGAGCACGUAAAACAAGCUCUGAACAGUCAGCUGCUUCUGAUCAAUGAUCUUUAUCAGAACUACGCCGAACGAUAUAAUCUCUCGGAAUGUCAGCUGCGACUGCUCAGAUGCGGCGGUUACGAAGACCAGGAACUUGUCUCAGGACUUUGGGCUCGCUUGAUUGAGCAAGCACAUCAGAGAGGCGAACUCACCGGAACCCUCCGAUCUGCGUGUCAAUCAUUUGUCAAUACACCGUCGUAUUUCCCGUUAGAUAAAAUUAUCGCCAACGUCGAGCGUUUGUACUAUGGUCAGAAUCCUCUGGAAAUCGCAGAGGUGCUCAGCAAAGCGGGAGUGCCAUGGACCGACUUGCAGAGAGAGUACCACGAGCUGUAUACGAAACAGGAUUUUAUCCAGCUAAGGGAUCGACUCCUGGUCGUUCUGACGGGGAUUGUCGCGAAGCUCGCGGGUUCUCCCGAGCUCAUUCCACGAGAGGGCUUCCGGACGAAGGUCCAAAGGAUCUUGAGCAACAUAGAUACUUAUAUCGUACACGCGCAGAGCCAUGUCACUAAUCCUGCCAUGACCGACCUGAUCCAAGACCUGAGACGUUCGCAGACGAUACUCCAAAACCUCGCUAUGAACUUUUGGUGAACGAAGUCGUUGUGAUGAUUAAGGAAAACGUUGGUCAUUCUGUAUGGUGAAUUGAUUGGGAAACUCAUGUGUCGAGAAACUGAUUGGUGCUCGGGCAGACGAUCGGUCGCUUGUGGCUGACGGAACAAAGUUCGGAAGGAGCGCUCGAAUGAGGUCGAUAGAUAGACGUAAGGAGUACUGGAUUUUUUCUAUGUAGAUAGGAUGGAACGGUCGAUCGACGGUUGUUUCGAUA